CUGUGACUAUGCGGCUGCGCUUUGUGUCUCCUUUCGCCCUCUAGCUGAAUAGGCUGACGGAAAGUCGUUGUAACUGCUGGCGUGAUUCCGCAUCUCCGCAGCGCAGAUUGGGUACCUGGGAACUGGCCGAAGGUAGCAUGGCUGUUCCUCCAUCAUAUGGUGAUCUCGGCAAAUCUGCCAAGGACAUCUUCAACAAAGGAUAUGGCUUUGGUGUGGUGAAGCUUGAUGUGAAGACCAAGUCAGCCAGUGGGGUGGAGUUCAAAACCUCAGGUUCAUCCAACACUGACACUAAUAAAGUGGUUGGGAGUCUAGAAACCAAGUACAAGCGUUCGGAGUAUGGCCUGACAUUUACAGAGAAGUGGACCACUGACAACACAUUGGGAACUGAGAUCACCAUAGAAGACCAGAUUGCCAAAGGGCUGAAGCUAACUUUCGACACUACUUUUUCUCCCAAUUCUGGAAAGAAGAGUGGAAAAGUCAAAACAGCCUACAAGCGUGAAUAUGUCAACCUUGGCUGUGAUGUGGACUUUGACUUUGCCGGGCCCACCAUCCAUGGGACCGCUGUGCUUGGCUAUGACGGAUGGCUGGCUGGGUAUCAGAUGACCGUUGACAGUGCAAAGUCCAAACUGACCCAGAAUAACUUUGCAGUGGGCUACAGGACUGGGGACUUCCAGCUUCAUACCAACAUUAAUGAUGGAUCUGAGUUUGGUGGGUCCAUCUACCAGAAAGUGAAUGACAAGUUAGAGACUGCAGUAAACCUGGCCUGGGCCGCUGGCAGCAACAGCACCCGCUUUGGUGUUGCUGCCAAGUACCAGCUGGACCCCAGUGCCUCUAUCAGUGCUAAAGUGAACAACGCCAGCCUGAUUGGAGUUGGCUACACGCAGACACUGAGGCCAGGUGUCAAGCUCACAUUGUCUGCCCUGGUUGACGGCAAGAGCAUCAACACUGGUGGCCACAAGCUAGGCCUGGGAUUGGAGCUGGAGGCCUAAGGGUGACCUCUGACCUCUCACCUAGGCUCUCUGGAAGAAUGUUAUAAGAAUCUGGUGUUUCCCAUGUAACCAGCAUAGGUUUUCUGAAAGGGAUGUGUUCAAACUGUAAGUGGAAUCUGUACCUUUCACCAGUAAUUAUUCUGUUGUCUGUAAUUAUAAUAUUAACAUAUGCUACAAUGCACAUGCCCCAUCUCUCUAUUGGCCUCUUCCCUCAAUAGUGGACACACUCAAGCUCUGUUGACCCUUUCCCUUGGUGGUGGACAUGCCUCAUGUGUUGGCUCCUCCCCUUGGUUGUGAGCACACCCCAUCUCUCUGUUUUAAGGUCUUAUAUCGCUGGUGCGUUUUGGACCUUGCAAAGUUGUUGCCAUUUGUUCUUGUCUGAUUCUACUAUACUGUGUGCCAUUGCACCGGUGUCUGGAUGCAGGACAUAUGUGUACAUCAUACAUUUCUCUGGCUAGGAAAUCGUCAUUGCCCAAUGCUUUAUUUAUAUUUACAGAUAGGAAUGGUGCUUGCUGCUCUUUUGUGUGUGUGUUUUAUUAUUCUUUUAGCCAGGGUUUAUCAGAAUGGAAAAUGCUUAUGGUUUGUGAGUUAAAUGUGCUUUGGUUAGUAGAAGUUAUUUAUGUACCCAGUUGGAACUGGAGCAUGGAGACAUGCAGAUUAGAUGUGAGUGUAUGGCUAUUGGAACCUCACAGCGGCUCCUUGCUCGGCUCAGCCCAUCCCAGCACAUGUGAGUGGCUCAGACUGUGGUGCGUUUUGGGAAACCCCAGUCGUCUCCUCCCUCUGGAAGUUUUCAAUAAAUCCUUUGACCUCAACAGAG